AUGACCUAUUUAAAGUUGCGUUAUAAAUCAAAGUCAAGUACUGUAUCAACGGAACAGCGAUUUUCCGAUGAGGUAUCAAAUUGGGUGGAAUUUGAUAAAGAAGUAUUAGAGUGGCGUCUGGAAGUCGAUAAGAAAUACCAAGAAUCAACGUUUAGCCGAUGUCGUAUGGUCACUUGUGAAAAGGACAUCUGUACAGCAUCAGAUGUAAACAUUCAUGAGACCUUAACUCCCCUUGAUCAUUCAAUCCUUUUCUUGGAUGGUCAUGCUUUGGAGAAUAUAGUCGGGCAGCCUGAUUUCAUAAUUGUUAAUGACAAUAUGAUACUACUCGUGGAAAAGGAGAGUCAUGAAGGGUCAUUUGUUUGUUCUAAUGAAACUUGGUUUUUUAAAGGGGAAGUAGAGAAAAUAGAGGAAGAAUACUAUAGAUGGUUUAAAAGUAAGGAUGGUGCUAAUGGUUAA